GCGAGUCCGUGCAGCAACUGCAGUUUCGUCUCGUCUGUUGCAGAUGUGAUAAAUCCCUUUCUACCGGUCUCUGUCUCAAACUCUCCCCUCGGCGCUGGCUCGCCGUCGGCUUCGAGAUCCGCCAGUUGCUGUUCGCCUUCCGCAUUUCCUGGGGCUUCUUCUUCUGAAAGGUCGAGACUUAGCAAAUGCGAUCCAGAGACAGAGGCCUCGCGAGCGGCUACUUCGUCUUCGGUCUCCACCGGGACCGUGUCGAGUCGCGCUCGGCGCACUGCCUCCUUUUCUCGCUCUCCAACCGGCACAAGUGGGACUGUUAGCUUGCCUCUGUCACCUCGACCUGGGCGAGAAACGGAGAGAAACGGUGACUGCUGGGGGGAUCGAAGGACCGAGAAAGUCGAGCCGCGACGCAGCGCUUCUUCUUCGCCGAGACAGAGAGACUCGGGAGACAGCGGAACAGCCAGGCGACGUUCGAGAGUCGAGGCGAGGCGUCCAUCACUCCUUGGGAGAAAACACCGAGAGGGGCGAGACAGGUCUGAGGAGAGAAGAGAUCGCAGAAGAAAAACAGAUUCUCGCGAGAGCAGAGUCGAGAGGAGAUCAAGUCCGAGAGAAAAGACAGAAGGCAGAAGGCUCAAGACCGAGGAGAAGAGAGACGGGAGAAGAUCACCGUCUAGAGAGAAGCGAGAGGAGACAAGAUCCGUUUCGAGAGAGAAGCGAGAGGAAAGGAGAGAUCAGAAAGGAGGCAGUCUCAGUCGCCUUACGCGUCGUCGAGGAGCGGUGAAUGUAUCGGAGACUGUGGAAGCCGAGACACACGCGUCUGGCUCUGCAGGCAGGCUGUGCGCGAGAUACUCACGAUCACCAUCUCAACAGACAAGCGAGCGGGGAAAGAGCGUCGCAGAAACGAGGAAGAGCAGAGACUGGCAAGGACGAGAAAGCGAGCGAUGCAAGGGAGAUGAUGAAGAGGAAGCACUCAGUGGCGACGGCGAAGAAGGCCUGAGAGAGGAAAGUCGAGACGGAGGACGCAGAAGGAGAACGGAGAUGCACCACUCGAUGAAGCGCGAAGACGCGGCUGCUGCCUCGGAAAGAAUCGCACAAAAUCGACGAAUCGGCCAUGCCAGUUGCAGAGGAGGACCGCUCAAUCUCAGAAAUGCAUCCAACCCGAUCGGUGACGAAUUUGGAAGUUGGUAUCGCCGCCUCGAGGAAACAGAAGAAGCAGAGCGACAAGCGGCGGACCUUCGCUACCGGUUGCGCCGUGGAGAAGAGAGAAUGGAACUGUUGAAAAAACUGUCUUCUCGCGCAGAGAAAUCGAACAAGCAGGUGCACACAACAAAGACUCCCGCCGUCAGACGCGGUCGCAGCGCCCCAGAAGAGGCCGAACCGGAGAAGAAAACAAAAGCGUGCAAUUCCUCUAGGCCGAUCUCUCCACAUGCGUCGACGAGAACAGACCCAGUUUUCUCCAGCAUCUCUUCGAAGGAAGAAAGUUUUGCGAAGACGGCCGAUACGCGACAGCCCCGGCGCGCGGCAUGUCUCUUCUCUGCCUCGUGUCGCAAACGAGAAGUGAAUCGUUUUCGUCAACUUCAUUCUGUUCAUGUCCGCGGUUCGCAGGGAGAGAAAGUCGUUCAAAUUGAUGUUUCGUCUCUCGACUUUCUCCCUCCCGCUUGUUGGCCGGAAGCCGUGGAAACAGCAGCUGCGGCUGCAUGCAUUGCUCCUUCGAAGCGGCGACUGGCGGCCGGGCGGGCACUCGACCCAGCGUCCUGGGGCGCCCUCGCGCAUGCAGCUUCUCCAAGAAAAGAAACAGAUCUUUCCUCGCCAUUCCAGGCAGAGCCCCCUCAAUUCCUUGUUCCCUGGAAGCGGUGGAAUCCCAGAACUGGAGAAGCCAUUCCGCUGUACUCGAACGCCGUUCUGUUGCAGUGCACCUUCACGCCGACGGAGACGUCCGCUCGGCUGUACCGAUGACGUUUCGAAAGAACACUGCAGGCUCCGGCGAGCGACAAACGCCCACACACAGACUCUUCUUUUUUAGACGAGCCUUUUCCCAGAAAACGCGAGAGAAAACGGUGGAAGCGAAACGGAUGAACUCUGGGCGAUGCCGACGAUUCCUACGUCUCCGUCUGUGGACACAUGCAUACACAAUAGGACUAAAUACCACUUGUGGAAACAUCCCCAUUUAUAAACAAAUGUAUAAAUCUACAUAUAUGUACAUAUAUCUAUCUAUCUAUGCAUAUAUCUAUCUAUCUAUGCAUAUAUAUAUAUAUAUAUAUAUAUAUAUGUAUAUAUGCGGUCGCAGGUGUGUGUGAAUUCACAAGAUGGCUGUGCAGACCUGUACAUAUGCGAGGAUGCGUUCUGCGUUACACUUCCUUUGAGGCGGUUCUUCGCGUAACAAGAAGCCCUGUGUGCCACCGGAAAGAAACGACGCUCAGCUGCAGGCGAAGGCGCUUUGCGGCCCAACGAGUUAUCCCCUGCUCUGCCCCGCUUUAAAUAUCUCGUACUCUUAACACAGAGUCAAGAGGGCGUUGCAUCCCCGUCAUUGUAUGUCGUAACCACAGUCUCUUCAGCGCUGCUUCGUGAAACCUGGGGUACGGCGACAAAAAUAGGUGUGACAUACUUUGAGGGAGAACUCGACGAUGCACAAAGCAGACCAGCGAGACAGAGAGAGACCGGACGCGUUCAAAUCGGUAGAGAAUGCCGAAACCGGAAGUCACUGAGCGGGCAGAGAAAAACCAGGCGCUUCAGCGUCUCAGGCAGAGCGCCGAAUUCAACGCCAGCCAGAGGACUCUCCUCCCAUUCGAUUUCUGUCAAACCGUGUCACGAAAGCUACCAGUGGCCGACAGCCUUUCGUA